UUCUGAUUCCGACGAUUUCUGUUUCUCUCCUGAUGAUUUCAAAUCCAUUUUCUUAAUAUCUAAAUCCAAUUGUUUGCUUUCAGUUUCUUCUACUCCCUUUUCAAACCGGCUCAACAUGACAGGACCCGGAGAAAGCCGGAACAUGAUCAAUCAACUAGCGUCUUGCGAAAACUCGACCCGAGACCGAGCCGUACGGUCACUCCUCAACUCUUGGCUUCCUUCGCGAGCCGAAGUCUCCGAUGAAGAGAUGAAGAGGAUCUGGAAAGGUCUCUUUUUCUGCGUUUGGCACGCAGACAAGCUGCCAAUUCAGUCCGACCUCAUCGAAAAGCUUUCUUCGGUUCUCCCGAAGCUCGAACCGGGUUUAUCUUUGCAAUAUUUCUCAGUUUUUCUUCUUACGAUGCGUCGUGAGUGGACUGGAAUUGAUAAGCUAAGGUUAGAUAAGUUUUACCUCUUAAUUCGUAGGUUUUUUAAUUCAUUUUUUGCCACGUUGAAGAGAUGGAAGUGGGAUUUGGAUUUUACGCGUCGUUGGAUUAGGGUUUUAGUGGAUGAAACAUUUUUAGCUGAUGACGAGUUUCAAGGGAAUGGCGUUCAUUAUCACAUCGCUUCGGUUUUUAUUGAGGAACUGAGGCCCUUCCUUCCUGUUGAAAACGAGGUUCUUGAGAUUUUGUUGGACCCAUUUGUUGGAAUCAUGGGUAAAGUGAGUGAUAAAGUUUUGGUUGGGAAGAUUAAAAGCAACGUGUUUGACGUUUUUGUUAAAAUGGGUAGGAGAUUGUUGGAACUUAAGUGGCCUGUUGACGAGUUUGAUGAAAGCGAUGAAGUGGUUGUGUUGGGGAUGAUUAGUUCUGUGAUGAGAUUCUCUACAAAGUUUUAUGAAUUGAGUUCUUCAGGGGAUUGCUGCCAGGGUAAUAGAAAAGUUCUGUUAGGAUUACAUGAGGAAUUUUCGAAGUUGGAGAAUGAUUUGGUGUCAUCGGGUAUUAAUAUUUCGAUUCCUGAGUGUAAGGAAAGGGAUGAAGAAGUUGGGUUGCCUGAAUUGAUACCUAUUGCUAGUGAGAUGGAAGUGGAUAGCUCCAAUGGUGCUUCGGAGCCUGUCAAAUUUCAUGUUAAUGGUUCUGUCAAGAAAAGUUUAAAGAAGAGCAAGAAGGUGAAGACUAAGAAAAACAAGGAUUUUGAAUGUAGCUCCGGUGGUCAGGAGAAUGAUGUUAUGAUACCUGCAGAAAGUUCCGGUUCUAAUAAUGAGCAGAACGGUGAUGGGGAUUCAAUAACAUUUACUGAACCAGUGAUUGCAAACCUUCAGCUCCAGUUUGAGAAGGUUGCUGCUGAAGUAGGCUUGGAUGGUGAUGUUGCAAGUGUCUCUGAUUUGCCGAAAGUUAAUGGUGGUGCCUUCUCCAAGAAGAGAAAGAGAGAAAGAAAUAUGGAUGGCGAAAAAUCUCAGAAUGGGGAGCAAACCAAUCAAGAUGAUGGUGAAGUUGAUGAAACUGCAAGAUCUUGUGAGAAUAGUUCGAAGAGGGUAAGAUUUUCAAUGAACAACAACUUGGUUUGGAAGCCACACAGCCCUUUACCGCCAUUAAGCUUGAGAAUACCACCUUCUGUUACUCCGAGAGGAAGUGCGCUUAAGAAAGGAAUACCUCCAGGUCCUAUAAGGGAAAUGCCUCUUAUGACAAAGAAGGUAAAGAAAGCUAAAUCUGUGAAGAAGGUCCGGAAAGUAAAAAAGAACAUGCACCCUAUAGUCAAACGCACGAAGAAGUUGAAAUCUAAGUCCUCCUAGUGAAGUCUGCUUUAUCAUUUUGUUCUUUCAGGGAAAAAA